AUGUGCGACGCGAAGCGCCGUAUCCGGACCGGGCUGGACAAUGGGUGUGCCUGCCUAUACAUCUGUGAUGAAUGUUUGUAUGAGAGCUUUCCUGAACUUCCCUUGGAGGAAGCGCCAGAAGCUGAUGGAGAGCCUGCAAAUAUUCAGUGUCCAACAUCCAUCAGCAUCCAAGAGCCGUCUUCUCCAGCAACCUCCAGCGAAGCUUUCACGCCAAAGGAGAGCUCUCCUUACAAGGCUCCAAUAUACAUUCCCGAUGACAUUCCCAUUCCUUCAGAGUUUGAGCUCCGAGAAUCCAACAUUCCUGGAGCAGGAUUAGGGAUAUGGACCAAAAGGAAGAUUGAAGCAGGGGAAAAAUUUGGCCCUUUUGUAGGAGAGCAGCGGCCACACCUCAAAGAUCCCAGUUACGGUUGGGAG